UAUUUUUCAAUACACCUGGAACGUAAAUAUGCCUGAAAAUAUAAAUAUAAAGGUUGUGGCUCGUUGCCGACCUUUAACCCCUGAUGAAGCCAACAAAGGAGCCAAGACUGUGGUUAAAGUGUCAGGUGACAAGAUUUCUGUGGAGACAGGUGGAAAGGAACAGUCAUUUAGUUGUGAUGGAGCUUACAGCAGUGAUGUUAAAAAUGAUCAGAUUUUUAGAGAGAAAUGUGAAUCACUGCUACAAAGAGCUAUGGAAGGUUACAAUGUAACAUUAAUGAGUUUUGGCGCGGCUGGAUCAGGGAAAAGCUACCUUAUGAACGGUACUGAUAGUGAACCAGGGAUAGCCCCAAAUGUGAUAAGAAGAAUCUGUCAGAUGAUGGCUGAGAGGAGUAACAGGGAAUUCUUCACUACAGUGUCCUAUCUGGAGGUUCUUGAUGAGAAAAUGACUGAUCUUCUGAAUCCUCACAAUAAUCCGAUGAAAAUCAGACAGCAUCCACACAAGGGAAUAUUUGUGGAUGGUCUGGCAGAGCUGGUUGUAUCUGGAUAUGAUGACAUGCUGAGACUGUAUGAGCAAGGCACCCGAGCCAGGAAGAUGGGAGCUACUGAUUUACAAUCACACAAGGCCAAAGCCAAUGCCUUGUUUACCAUUGUUGUGGAGCAGAGAGAGCGACAGUCCAGUAAGGUUGGAGUCCGAUCCGUCAUCACCAUUGUCGACCUUGCAGGAGCAGAUUACCGUGGAGGCACAACUGGCACACAAGGCAUCCUCAAUGUUCUCAGUGUUUUGGGAGGAAACAAGAAAGGAUCAGCAGUACCAUAUAGGGACUCCACAUUGACCAGACUCCUACAGGAAUCCCUGGGUGGUAAUGCAGUGACCAUGAUGUUUGCUGUGGUGGCACCAACAGAUCAUAACCACCAGGAGACCCAUGCCACUCUGCAGUAUGCUGCAUAUGCAAAGUCCAUCAAGAACCACGUCAAGAUGAAUAUGGAUGACUCCAGUGAUAUUAUCCAGGAUUUAAGAGAGGAGAUCUCCAAACUUCGAGACAGGAUAGCUUCAUCCUCGGAACCCAACAAAGAAGAUGUUCUCAAGAUGGAGGACCUGGUACAAGACCUACAGAUAGCCAAGCAGUCAACAUGGGCAGAGCGUGAACGAUUGUCCCAGAAAUUUGAGGAGGAGAGGAAAAUCAACCUAGCCAAUAAGGGUAUUCUGGAGUGGGUUACAGACAAUGUGAGGAAGGGUAAUAAGGAGCUCCAGGAGAAGAUGGCACAUCUACAGAAGGAGAAAGACCAGUUCACUCUCCAAUAUAAAGAAAAGAGGAAAGGAGUUGAUGUAAUGAAUGAGGAGCUACAGAGGAAGAUAGCUGAAUACUCCAAGUGGACUGAGACACAGAGUGGUAAGUCUUCAGAGUCUGAGACUAAAAAGAGAGUGACUGCCAUUCAUGAGCUGAAAGAAAAGCUGAGACGAGAAACAGAUAUUUUAAAGAAACUCAAACAGCAGAUAAAGGAUGUUCAAGAUAAACAGCGCGAGGAAAGGGAGAGUGCCAAGGCUCAGAUGACUGCCAUGAAAGGAAGUGCAGAAGUCAGACAGAAAGUGGAGUUGGAAGAACGACAGCAGCUUGAACAGCAGCAUAAAGCUAUGAUUGCAGACGAGCUUGACAAGAUGAAUAUUGAGAUUGAACAGGAGAAGUCCGAGAUCCAACUCAAAAUGACUGAGGGUAAAAAGUACACACCACAGGAGGGGGCAGCACUAGAGAUACAAGUGGUGGAACUGAAGGCCAACAAAUCUGUUGUCACCUAUCAAUUGCAAACUCUACAGCAGGAGAAGAAUCGCCUGGCCAAGGAGCUGGAGGAAGUUUAUAAGUUACACAAGGACGAGAUGGAGAUUCAACAACUCCAACACUUCCAGACGUUCCGUAGUUAUCGUGAGAUGUUUGAAGAACAAAAGGCUGCUUUAGACCAGCGCUACAGACAGCUGCUUGAGGACUCCAUACAGGAUGCUGUUUUUUUGUCCAGUCGCAACAAUGAGCUGAUGGAGGAAAAUCAGGAUCUCAAACAAAACAUUGCCGAAAUGAAAGAUGUGAUCACCAAGCUUGGCGGACGUAUUCCAUCAGGAACUGUGUAAAGUAACUAGAGUUAUUUCCCUUUCUGGAUGGGAUGCCAGAUAAAGACAGUUGAAGGUCUAGAUCAAUGGAUUGUUUAAGAAUAGAGAGUUUUCUUUGUCAAACAUAUUUUGUCACAUUUUUCACCAUGGCACAACUUGAAUUUAAAACUUUACCAGUGAUUUCUUGGCUUUACUUCCAGUGUUAAACAAUUAAACUUCUGUUGACAGUAAAGCUUACAAUUCCACCAAAAGAGCACCUUGUGGUGUUGAUGCAUCUAAUGAAAAAAAUACAACAGUUUAACAUCAUUGUGUUCUCGGUUAUCAAAAAACUUAAUUCACAACUGUUUAAGAAACCAUAUUCUGCAUCAAUAAUGUUCUUGUAGACUUAUUUAUAUUUUGAAGCAUCACCGACGGCUGUUACAGUCAUAAUGAUAUAAUGGUAUAAAGAUAUUUUUGCUGAGAAUAUUUUCAUUUGCUGAUCGGUGUUGAAUUGUGAUUGAAUUUACCGAUCAACUAAGUUAUUAGCACAAAUACAAGUUACAUUACAAGGUGCACUCAGAGAAUGAAGACAUGUGCUGAAUGAUGAUAUUGUUUAAAACAAGCGAUAUCGUCCUGUAAAAUAGUCACAUGUAUACAGAUGUAACAUUAGAGAUUAUCCAGUCAUUUCUAAUAUAAAGCUUUCUUUGUUGUUGUAGUAAAUUCCAAUUUGUUACAUUCCAGAUGUGUCGGGUAAACAUAUUAAUAUAUCAAAUUGAAGCAAAUUUAAACAUAUAGGUGAAUGUAUAUUUUAUAUAAACCAUAACCCGUAUAAUUUGCUUGUAUUCGAAUGUUGACUUUUUAUCAGUAAUGUUCAUUGGAGCUUUAUUCACGAAGGUGACAUCCUGUACAGUUAAUAUUAAUCAUGUCUCUCUGUGAUAGUGUGUUGUUCUAAAUCCGUCCAGUAGCUUAACUAACCUGCAAUAAAGAUGUACCAUUGUUGUUCUUGUAUGAAAAAAUUCAUGUCUACCAACAACUUUUAACACUGUGUUGACACAGAUGUAGACCUAUAUAUUUAAUCCACUAGCUCUCAUUUGACAUUAGGUGUUACAAGUGCUGGUCACUUGCCCUGAAUAUAUAUAUACAUAUACACCAGUAUAUUUACAACAUUA